AUGCCAAUUUUUGGAAAUGUUAAUAUGUUUAUCAGUAAGGAAGAAAUGAAUCGAACCCUCGGAGUCAAAGCUGAACUAAAUUAUAUCGAACUUGGAAAAAUCAACACAUAUUCUACAAAAUUUCAUUAUCGUGUUAUGGCUAAUAUUGAUUAUGUGUCAUUUACUUGGAAUUCACUUGGAAGAGUUGAUUAUAAAGUUCGAGUUGAAUCUGAUGAUUCAUCAGUUCUACCAAUCAUCAGAAUCCCAUUAGAAGGACGUGUGCCAAACUCGUUGCAAGGUAAUUUAUUUAUAUUUGUCAAAAAAAUUGAAAAACUGGUGAAAAGAGAAUCAAAAUUGAAUCCUUGCUCUCUAAAAGAUCAAAAAUUCUUCUCCAUAUGUUGCAUUUUUAAUAAGAACUAUUUUGAAAUACAAUACUCUACUACCAAAUUACACCUAAUUUCCUGCUAUUAGGGUUCAAUAAAACAACAUGCAAAUUUGAAGUUUUUUUUUUCAGAAUUCAGCGUUGAAUAUCGUUGCGCUGGACAUCGAUCAGGACAAUUCACAAUCAGUUUAUAUUUCAAUUUUCAAUAUGAGAGUGAAAAUUUGCAAGUGAAAUUACGUCAAGAAAAAAUCUGCGCUUCGAGGGAUGGCAGACGUGGACUCACAGGUUAUUUUUUUGUUUUAGAAAGAAACAGUUGAUAAAUAAAACUAUUUCAGGUGGUUAUGAGGGUAGUGAAAUUUUGGAUGAUGAUGAUUCGAUCGAUCGAGCAUUUUUUGUUAUAGUUUGUAUUGCUGCCUCAUUUUUAUUGAUUGUUGCAGCAAUGCUCAUAUGUUAUUUCAAAAAAUCAAAGAAGGAGGAUUUGAUCCCAUCUAGAAUUCCGUAAGCUUUUUAUUAACAGAAAAUGUUAAUUUUUUUCAAAAUUCGAUAUAACUUUUACCAAUUUUCAGAUGAUAAAUUUUUUCAGAACAUCUUUUCGCAAUUCGUUGAAGUCGACAAAAAGUGCUCAACCAUUUUUAUUGAGCAGCACAUCAACAAAAGAAGGUAUCAAACAUCCCAAAAAUCAAAAAUCAGUUCACAAAUAAUCGAAUUUGUUUCCAGGACCCCCCACAAUGUCAGCAGUUUCUUCGGCCCCAUGUUCAUCGUCAUCCGCAAACUCAAUCAUCCCAGACAAGCCAAGAAGUGUGAGUGAGAACAAAAGUCUUUUCGUUUCGUUUUCGUUUUUUUUUUCAAAUGUCACACAAGAUAACACAAUUUGCAGAUUGACGUUAGACGCGCUUUGUUACAACUUUAUCAGGAUCGUGAACUUUUCCAACCGCUGCCUUUUGUUGACAUGGAAGGUUAGAAGGGACAUAGAAAAAAGAAAGAAUUUGUGAAAAAUAAAUUUAGGUACAUUUGGUGAGAUAAAAUUCGCCAUUUGGCGACAAAGUGAUGAUUUGUUGAAUGGUGACGUUGAUGAUGAAGAAGAUGCGGUUUGUAAUCAGGAAGCGGUUUACACAAAAGUUUUGAAGAAAAACGCCACACCAGCACAUUUAGAUAGAUUUUUAUCAGAAGCAUUGAUCUUCCAUAACAUUACUCCGCAUUUGAAUAUUGCUCAGGUUAGUUUUUCAUUCAACAAAGGAAUUUUUUCACCGUUGUAUCUCAAUUCAUUUUCAGAUUGCUGCUAUUGCAACUUUUGGAAGAUUUGAUAGACCGGAAACAGUUCGAGAUUUCCCAAUGGUUUGUUAUCGUCAUCAAGGUUUCGGAAAUCUCAAAAAAUUCCUCGCAAACUGCAGACAUGGCGAUAAAUCAAAAGGUACCACCAUCUCUCUUUCUCACCACAAUUCAAAACAAUAAUUUUUCAGGUGCUCAAACUCUUCGAACUCAUCAAUUAGUUUCAAUGGCAACUCAAGUAUCAUCAGGUGUUGCUCAUUUGCACAAAUAUCGCAUUAUUCAUAAUGAUAUUGCUGCCAGGUGCCGGAGACCCAAUUAUUUUAAUUAAAUUUGAUUUUAUUUAUUAUUUGCAGGAAUUGUAUUGUGGCAGAGGUAAAUAAUCGAUUGCAUGUGCAAUUAUGCGAUUCAGCAUUAUCAAAAGAUAUCUUCCCAUCGGAUUAUCAUUGCUUGGGAGAUAAUGAAAAUCGUCCAUUGAAAUGGAUGGCUCCAGAAGCCAUUUCAAAUGGAUUAUAUUCAUCAGCUGCAGAUGUUUGGUCACUAGGAGUUUUGAUUUGGGAAUUGAUGUCACUUGGAUGUUCUCCCUUCAGUGAAGUCGAUCCAGAGGAAGUUUAUUCUCUCGUAGUCAAUGGGGCAAGAUUAUAUCAACCAAAUAAUUGUCCAGAUCAAUUGUAAUAUUUUUUUCUCAUUUCCUAAUCAAUUUUAAAAUCAAAACUUUUUCUCAGAAAAACGCAUAUUUUUCAGAUACAAAGUUAUGCUUUGCUGUUGGAGAAAUCUUUGUGAAGAAAGACCAACUGGAGAACAAGUUGUGAACGGAUUACGCGAUUUCAAUGUGCAACUCAGUCAAUAUAUAUAA